AUGGCUGAGCGAUUUCAACCAUAUCAUCUCCCGCAGCAAAGCAGAAGAGAUAAACUGAGAGUUACAGCUCAAACCCCACCUGGAUGCGUAGAAAACGUUCAAGAAAGUGCAAAUUUAGUCCAUCUCUACGAUCCAUCUCUAAUGUCCUCAGAUUUAAUUAAAUGUGCAAACUUACAUCAUCAACGCCUCAAUCUUCGCACUGCACCCUGCAAGCAGAAUUCAAACAUAGGCACGGUUUCUGGUUGCGGUGGUGUUAAAGAAAAGGGCAUGAAUUUGAUGGGUUUUAUGGGCGGAGAAAAUACGAUUCCUGCUGCUGCUGCUUCAUCUUCUUCUUCAGCUACAAAUCAUUUGUAUUUGGAUCCACGAUCAUCUGUACAGUUAAGCCCUAGUACUAUUGAAGAUAUUAAUAACAGCCCAUAUAUUUACACACCCCAAUGUCUCAGAGUUCUUGAUCAGUCAUUUCAUGGCAAUGAAUUGGUGAUGUAUAAACCUGAACCCCUGUCAAUAACGCAUGAGGCCAACUGUAGUAGUGCAGCAACUUGUCAAGAAACAAUUGCAUCCGACUCAGCUUUGUUGGAUCUCCCACCAUCGGAGAGUUUGAAUGGUGAUGAGGUUGUUGAUGAUCCACUGAGUUGCAGUGAUGGUGGUGAGCAAAGUGGGAAGAAAUCAAGGUUACUUUCAAUGCUUCACGAGGUUUACAGGAGAUACAAGCACUAUUACCAACAGAUGCAGUCAGUAGUUGCCUCGUUUGAAUCUGUUGCCGGAUUAAGCCAUGCAGCACCAUUUGCAACUUUGGCUUUAAAAGCCAUGUCAAAACAUUUCGGGUGUUUAAGGAAUGUCAUUACUGAUCAGCUGCAGUUCAUAAAAUCUCAUGGUCCACUAAGUUAUGAGAGGGACAGGGCUCAAUUUGGGAAUUCUGGAGGCGGGAUUCAGGGCCAAAGACCAUUUCACAAUGUUGGAUUCAUGGCUCAACCUGUAUGGAGAUCUCAAAAAGGACUUCCAGAGCGAGCUGUUACUGUUCUGCGCGCCUGGUUGUUUGAACACUUUCUACACCCUUAUCCGACUGACACAGACAAGAUGAUGUUAGCCAAACAGACUGGUCUCACGAGGAACCAGGUCUCAAACUGGUUUAUCAAUGCAAGAGUAAGGCUUUGGAAGCCUAUGGUAGAGGAGAUACACAUGCUUGAAACGCAUCAAACCCAAAAAUCUUCGCAAAGAGAGGAACAAAGUGCCAACAGGCUAAACGAUAGUUUGUCUACAAGUUGUCCGGUUGAAUGUGAAAAUGCAUCCACCUCGAUACCAAGAAUUGAAACAUUGCCAUCAAAACUCACUGGGAAUAUUGACUUAACUGGAACUCCUAUGGGCAGCGAGGGGCUGUCGACUUUUCCAUAUGAUAAUUUCUCACAUCAUAUGGGAAUUGGCAUGAGCAGUACUGCUGGCGCAAGUGGCGGUGUUUCCUUAACUCUUGGUCUCCAUCAGAAUGUAGGUUUCUCAGAAACCUUCCCCAUAAAUGGUGAAGGGUAUGUGGAGAAUGGCUUUGCAGCACAAAAUCGACAGUUUGGUAGGGACAUUAUUGGAGGACAACUUCUGCAUGAUUUUGUUGGGUGA